GUCAGAGUGCCAGAUGCAGUACACACCACUGGAUCUGCUGAUACACAUCCUCUAAUGGAAAGCAAACUUAAAGCAUUCAGUAUUGGCAAAAUGAGUGCUGCCAAACGGACUCUGAGCAAGAAGGAGCAAGAAGAAUUAAAAAAGAAGGAGGAUGAGAAGGCUGCUGCAGAAAUUUAUGAAGAAUUCCUUGCUGCCUUUGAAGGAAGUGAUGGUAAUAAAGUGAAAACAUUUGUAAGAGGAGGAAUCGUUAAUGCAUCUAAAGAGGAGCAUGAAACAGAUGAAAAACGGGGUAAAAUCUAUAAGCCUUCAUCACGAUUUUCAGAUCAAAAAAAUCAACCAAGCCAGCCAUCUAAUGAGAAGCCUCCAUCCCUCUUAAUGAUAGAAACCAAAAAGCCUCCUUUGAAGAAAGGGGAGAAGGAAAAGAAAAAGAGUAAUUUGGAACUUUUUAAAGAAGAACUAAAACAAAUACAAGAGGAGCGUGAUGAAAGACAUAAAACAAAGGGUAGAUUGAGUCGUUUUGAACCACCCCAGUCAGACUCGGAUGGCCAGCGUCGUUCAAUGGAUGCUCCUUCAAGAAGAAACAGAUCAUCUGGUGUACUGGAUGAUUAUGCACCAGGGUCGCAUGAUGUUGGAGAUCCAAGCACAACAAAUUUGUAUCUUGGAAACAUUAAUCCUCAAAUGAAUGAAGAGAUGUUAUGUCAAGAAUUUGGACGCUUUGGACCAUUAGCGAGUGUUAAAAUUAUGUGGCCAAGAACUGAUGAAGAAAGAGCGAGAGAAAGAAAUUGUGGCUUUGUUGCCUUUAUGAACAGGAGAGAUGCUGAAAGAGCAUUAAAGAAUUUAAAUGGCAAGAUGAUUAUGUCGUUUGAAAUGAAGCUAGGUUGGGGCAAAGCUGUACCUAUACCACCACAUCCAAUAUACAUUCCGCCUUCUAUGAUGGAGCAUACCCUCCCGCCUCCUCCAUCAGGACUGCCUUUUAAUGCCCAGCCUAGGGAGAGGUUGAAGAAUCCUAAUGCUCCAAUGUUACCACCACCAAAAAACAAGGAAGAUUUUGAGAAGACUCUGUCGCAAGCCAUAGUCAAAGUGGUUAUCCCAACAGAAAGGAAUUUGCUCGCUUUGAUACAUCGAAUGAUAGAGUUUGUGGUACGGGAAGGGCCUAUGUUUGAAGCCAUGAUCAUGAACCGAGAAAUCAACAAUCCAAUGUUCAGGUUUUUAUUUGAAAACCAGACUCCAGCCCAUGUAUAUUAUAGAUGGAAGCUUUAUUCAAUCCUUCAGGGAGAUGCUCCAACCAAGUGGAGGACAGAAGAUUUCCGUAUGUUCAAGAAUGGAUCGUUUUGGAGGCCACCACCAUUGAAUCCAUACUUGCAUGGGAUGUCAGAAGAGCAAGAAACGGAAGCAUUUGUGGAGGAACCGAACAAGAAGGGUGCACUUAAGGAAGA